UGAUUCGAUCCCUUCGUUCGGUCCUCAAUCAAAGCCUUUUCUACUUCUUCCCCCGCUUCAAUCACGUCCCCUCCUCUCCUCAAUCUCACGCCAUGGAUCCCGCCGAGCCCGACUCCGACGCCGAUCUCGGGUUCGGCUCGGCUCCUCCCUUUGCUUUUUUAGCCCCCACCCCCUCCCCCGCCUCCCGCCGCCUCUCGAGCAGCUUUUCCGGGUCUAACCGUCCCCUUCCCCCUGCCCGCAAGCGCCUGGCCUACGUCGACCUCCAGGGGCGGCUCGUCGGAGCCGAGGAGGCCACCUCGGCUUGGGCGAUAGGCGGCCUGGGUAGGGAGGAGGUCGCGGCUUGGCAGCUGUUCAGCCCCAUCCAGAGGGUGGUAUUAGUGGCUGUCAUCGGCGUGGCUGUUGCUGAGUCGCGGAAGAAUCGGCUCAUUUCCCAGCUUAAGAAGUCCGUGGAAGUUAGGGAUCAAAUUCUGUCGAGCAUGGAGCAGAAGCUGGACAGUCUAUGCGAGCAAGUCCACGGCGUCAAUAAACAGCCGGGAAGCGGAGCAGAAGUGUCACCUUCCAAAAGCGCAGAGUUCCCUUUCGAUGCGAAUUUUGAUUCGGAAGGGAUCAAAUUCGUUGAGUGCGGUUGUUGGUUAUGUGACCAUCACCAGAAACUGUUCAAUGGCCUGGAGGACAAUGCUACGGUGAGAACGUCGAUCGGGUAUGACAUGCUCCAGGGCAAGCCGAACUUGAUUGGUGAAGCAGAGCAAGAGGAGCGUCGGAUGUCUGACUUGUCUGAUUUGGCUUCGAGUGUCACAUCUGCUGCUGAUAUUCAGAUGAAUGUCGCCAUAGAACAAGUCAUAUCCAACCUUAAACGGGAGGGGGAAGAGAAGGAUGCCACAAUAAGGGAGCUCACCAAGUUCUUACAUUCGUCUGAUGCAGCUGGUUCAAAGCAGAGGAUCAAUGAGCUUGAAGAAAUUAUACGAAGAAAGAACAUGAUAACCGCUAAGCUCAAGAAGGAUAUGGCCGUUCUUGAACAAAAGGUUGUGCAACUCACGAGGCUUCGACGACCCUCCACUCAGAAAGAAGAAUAUGAUGACUCCAACAGAUUUCCUUUCCUGGCAGAGAACAUCCUCUAUGAUAUGGAUAGCACCACCAGCCCUUCCUCCUCUGAUUCGGACGGUUCACCAGGAAGCCGCUCACAGCCCUCUACCACAAAACUUCCUGAAACCCCAUCAGUGAAGGUCCAUGCUUUCAGGAGAAAGGAGGAUGCGGAAUCCGAGAAUGUCUCUAGCUUUUCAGUUAAACGAGUUGACGAGCCCACAGAUGCUCGACCUGGGAGCCCUCUUAGAGAGAUUUCAACCAAUCAGAAGCCAGGCAAGAAUGCUUCGAUGAGGGCGAGGCAGUUGCAUUUGGGCAGUGGAGAUAUGAAGAAGAGGAGCAGGGCCAAACAAACUCAUGGCGGAUCCAAGGCUGUGACUCCUCGGCAGAGGUGGUCUUAGGAUACAUCAUAACGAUAAUAAGUUAUUCUUAGAUUUUAUAUAUGGCGAAAUUAGAGUUAUCUGUCUUCGAUCCACCAAAUGUUCGAGAUCAACUGAAGGUUGAACUUUUCGAAACCAAGAGAAAUCUCUCCUUAUUCGAUAUUUUUAUAUCUUCAAA